CAGUGGGGCUAAUACAUGUUCCCUGCCUCCUGGAAGCAGCUGGCAUGUCCUUGCAGCUUCCUGUGGGUUGGGGUGGGGGAGAGAGGGAGAGGGUUCUGUAUACUGCUCUCACUGGUAAGCACUGACCCUGCAGCUCCUAUUCCCAGGAACGGGGAACCAACAGAAGCUGCAGGAACAGUAGCUGCAGUGACAGCACAUGGAGCCACAUGUCGCCCAGCCCUAGGAGCUACUGCAGGACAUUGGUUUUCUGGGAGUCGUUUGGGAUCAGGACAGAAUGGCCAGAGUUUUCUUGUGUUGGAUGAGCAAAGGUUUGCAAAAGAGAUUCUUCCUAAGUACUUCAAACACAACAACAUGGCAAGCUUUGUGAGACAGCUAAAUAUGUAUGGCUUCCGUAAAGUAGUCCAUGUUGACUCAGGCAUUGUCAAAUUAGAACGGGAUGGUCCUGUGGAAUUCCAGCACCCAUACUUUAAGCAGGGCCGUGAUGAUUUAUUGGAGCACAUUAAAAGAAAGGUUUCCUCUUCAAGACCUGAAGAAAAUAAAAUCCGUCAGGAAGAUCUGUCUAAAAUCAUAAGCAGUGCUCAGAAGGUGCAAAUUAAACAUGAGACCAUUGAAUCCAGGCUGUCUGCAUUAAAGAGGGAAAACGAAUCUCUGUGGAGGGAAGUGGCAGAAUUGAGAGCAAAACACUUGCAGCAGCAACAAGUCAUUCGAAAGAUCGUACAAUUCAUUGUUACUUUGGUGCAGAAUAACCAGCUAGUGAGUCUAAAACGCAAACGGCCACUACUUCUGAAUACCAAUGGACCUCCAAAGUCCACUAUGUUUCAGCAGAUUGUCAAAGAACCAGCUGACACAAACAAUCCUGUACCACUCAGCAGAACAGAGGGACUAGAGCAGAGGGAACAGAUUUCAGAUGACAUCAUUAUUUAUGAUGUCACCGAUGACAUUGGUGAUGAAGAGACCACUAUGGGUGAAGAAGUAAGUGCUCCAGUUACUCCAGAAACAAAUGAGGAUGCUACUUCGGACUCUUCCAACUGUGGUCUUUCUCCUGAUAUUGUAAUUGUAGAAGAUGAUAAUGAGGAUGACAACAUCCCAGUAAUUCAAGGAGAUAAAAAUACUGAACCAGUCAAUAUUGCGGCAAGUGAUCCCCUCAGUCCUGUCAGUGACAGUACAAGCCCUCUCAUGUCUAGUGCUGUCCAGUUGAACAACCAGUCAACUCUAACUGCAGAAGACCCUGUCUCAAUGAUGGAUUCCAUACUCAGUGAGAAUGGAGUAAUUUCACAGAACAUCAACCUUCUUGGGAAAGUUGAACUGUUGGAUUAUCUUGAUAGUAUUGAUUGCAGUUUAGAGGACUUCCAAGCCAUGUUGUCAGGACGACAGUUCAGCAUAGAUCCAGAUCUCCUGGUUGAUCUUUUUACAAGCUCCGUGCAGAUGAAUCCCACAGAUCAUAUCGGUAAUACAAAAACAAAAGGAAUAGAAACCACAAAGAGUAACGGACCUCAGUCUCCUUCACAGGACACACAAAGUUCCAAGCCCAAAUCAGAUAAACAGCUCAUUCAGUAUACUGCCUUUCCACUCCUUGCAUUCCUUGAUGGGAGUCCAGGUGCAACUGUUGAAGGUGGAAACUCCAUGUCUGAAACUACGUCCUCCCUAGACAAACCCUUAGAAGUGGAUGAGCUUCUAGAAAGCAGCCUAGACCCUGAACCAACUCAAAGCAAAUUAGUGCGACUAGAGCCACUGACUGAGGCGGAAGCAAGUGAAGCCACACUGUUUUAUUUAUGUGAACUUGCUCCUGCACCCAUGGACACAGAUAUGCCAUUCCUGGAUAACUAACCGGGCAGGAACUCUGUAUAUAUUCAUCAAAACAAACUAUUUAUUUAGGAUAUCAUUUGGUAUCCUCCUUGGCUUUUUGGUAAAUACUUUGGUUAGUAUAACCAGCUAAUCUUGAGUCUCUUACACCUUUCUCCACACAAACACAAAUUCAAAGACCUGUUUAAAUAGUUGUUAUACAAAUGACAUGGAUAUAAUUGCAUAUACCAAGUUACGUACAAGUUAUCAAUGUAAUUGCUGACAAAUAUUUGGUAUUUAUAGAUAUUACAAAAAUCCCAGUAAUUUAAUUUCACAGUAACCUUUGUUAUUUUUUGGUUCUAUGUACGAUUGAUUAGAAUAACUGUACUGUGUAGAAGUCAGUGAUUUCUGUAUUUGUUUUCUAUUUUUUACAAACUGUUUUAAAAUGGGGGGGGGGGGGGGGAGAGGAUGAGGGUGAAGAGAAGGAAGGACCAAGGCCUUGACUUGAGUUUUGUGGGGUGUUUUUUCUGGUUGAACUGGGAACAAAGUGCCUGUUAACCUACUUGACUGUUUGGUCCUGCCUUAGUUCUUCAGAGUGAUCAAUCAUUUAUACAUUACAAAGGAAAGAAAUUGAGGCUUUUAUUUAUUAAGAAUGGAGCUACUUGCAUGCAUGAGUACUAGUAAUCUGAACCAUCCACUUUGAUAAAAUAAAUUAUCUAGCUGUGACUUGUUAGGGGUGUAAUUUUACAUUAACUCCAUGGGUCAGUGAAGCUUAGAAUACCUUUUCAAAUCACUGUGGUACUUGAAAAAUAAUGCUGUUCCUAAAGUUAGACUACUAUUGUUUCUAGUACAACAGUCUCAAGAGGGUAGCCCUUUUAAUUCAUCCUAGCAUUGCUGCAAAAGAUGCAGCCUCUUAAUUUUAGAAACAACUUUUAAAACUAGUAAUUUGGGAUAAAUUUCAAGAUGGCAGAUUUCAUGAGCUAUGUACUCUUUAAUACACUAACAUGCUCAUAUAGUAAUAAUAGAUGGGAUGUCUUGAUAAAACAGUAUGAAAUCUGGUUCCCAAGCUAUCUCUGUAUCACUGUUUAAAAGUAUUUGCUGCAUAGAGGUGCCACUCCUUGCUGGGUCCAUGUAGGGCCAGAGAUGUAGCUGAGGGAGCUGUCUAGCAAGGAACUUAGCUUCUGACAGACAUAUACUAUUGGAGGCAGCAACUGAGUCCUGGUGUGUAUUGGGUCCUUUCAGAUACAGAGCCUGCAAUGUAAGGUGGCAGCCAGCAUCUAACUAGUCCCAGUAACACAGUUCAAGCUUAUUGGCUAACUGUAUAAACAGUUAACCUAUUACCUUAAGCCUACAAAUUAGUAGUGUGGCUCUGUGCAAAUGUACAGUAGCAUAACAAACUAGGCUGGGUUACUAGAUUUGCUGUGUAGAUGCUUGGGCUAGAGCCAGUACUCUGGAAGCUUCCACAUGUAGGGUACUAGAGCUCAGGCUGGGGCUUUGACCAUGUAUAGAGCAAUUUUUCAGCCUGACUGUGUCAGCUGACUUAAGCUAGCCAUGGCACUGAGUAGAUUUUCAUCAGUAGACUUUAUAAAAGGUACAGUGCCUCUUUAGUGAAAAAUGCAACUUUUAAGCAAAUCAUUGUUGAACAAAUCCAGUUUUGCCUUAAGGCUUAAUAUACAGGGGAGGAGUUAAGUUUCAAGGAAAUGGUUUUGCCCAAAGCCCUAUAUAAAACCAGUAUGUUUCAAACAGUUUUAAAAUGCAAUAGUGAAGAAAAUGGGUGCAUGCAGGACUAGCAGUGCAGCUCCUUAGCUGAACUGUGUGUACCUACCUGAGAGAGCUGCCCCAGCAGUGACUGUGGGCAUGACAGCCAGAUGCCACCUGUGUGAUCAUGGUCUUUCUUAGGAUGUCUAGUAGCAUGGUCCCCUAGUGCAACUGGCAUGGAGAAAGAUGGAAGAAGGCAAGGUGUGCCACUUGUGCUGCAGCUAGUUCUAGGAAUAGAAUAGAUCCAUCUGCACAUGAUUGAUGACCCUUGGCAACACACUGAAAGUAGAUAUAUAUCCUGCCCUCCUUCUGAGCCAAGCCCCAGACAGGGAAAUGCCUUUUUAGCUAUGCCUUCAGUAAUCUCUAGGCAUGAAAGGGAUCACUGUACAUAGGUGCUGCUCCUAAUGGUGUCCCUGUGGGAGGGGAAGGGCAGCUUAGCCUGGCUUUGCAGUUUUAGCUACUUUGACUGCAGCUCUGAUAGGGAAACUUAUCUCAAGGCCCCCAGAGGUCAGUAACCCAGGGAGGUGCAGCUAACCAGGAGCUGUUUUCCCCUGUAAAACUUAAUUUGUCCAAGCUGCCCUGUGUGGUUUUUAUCACACUUCAGCAGAGUGGGCAAGGGAAUGAAACAAGGCAGGGCUAUUGCUGUGUGCACCCCCGGCUGCAGCCAUGUAAAUUGUCUUAGUACUUGGUGUCAGGUCCUAUUCCAGGGGGAGGUGGAAGGAGUGAAGCUGGAUCACAAAGCAACUGCGUCACUGAGAAUGGGUACCAUGGUGUUUACAAGCUAGGGAUGUUAAAUAGGCAAUGGGAUUGCUAUUGACUAUUCAAUUAUUUGAUAAGGACUAGUGCAUCUUCUAUCUUGGAAAUAUACAAGAUCCCCAACAGGGGCUCUUGAGCAUUUCAAAGCUUUAAAUGCCACCUGGAGCCUAGUGCCACUGGAGAGUCCCCCUGCUGAGGCUAUGCUCCAGCCAUGCUUCUGCUUUGAAAUGUACAGGAGUAUCAGCUUGGGCUCUUGUAACAUUUCAAAGGGGAAGUGCUGUUGUGCCCCUGCCCAUGGAGCUGGAGGGAACUGGCUUUUAAGCUAUCUCCUCCCAGCAUCCCCUCCCCUCCUUGCUGCUGCUGAUAGUUUAGUCACUUCCCUCUUCUCUCCCCCCCAAAAUCUGAUAAACUUUUGCUUAUUGGAUAGUCAAAUGAGUUACUUACAUAUCUAUUACAAACAUGCUGAGAGGUGCCCCAAUCUUACCCUGCACAGAUCCAGCCCACUGCAGACAAUGAGGCAGGUAAGCUAUGAAGGCCCUUGAGCAUCAGGCAAGGGGAGGUAAGUGCUGAUCCAUGGAGCUGUUGGCAGUGCCAGCAGGCCCCAUGAGGCUUAGUGGAGCUUUGGGGUGGGGGAGGGAAGAGAGGAGAGAGCAAGGGCUGGCAGCAAGUUGUGCAAUGCUUUAUUAUAAAGUCACCACUCUUCUGGAGAUUUCUGCAGGCAUGAACCACAGCCAUGACCUAAGGGAGCAUUGCACAACUUUAAACAAGUAUGUUCUGUAAUGGAGCACUGCCAUAACCUCAAAGUAAUGUCAAGUGGUAGGAUGUGAAGUGAGUUACUGUAUUUAGAAAGCUAAUGCUGCAGCCUCAUUGAGUAGCCACUAUCCUGUUCAAACAAGUAGCUGCUAGAAAGCAUAGCAGCCCAGUGAGGUUUUUUGAGAUAUAAAAGUAGUGGACUGCUAUACCAAGGAAAUAAAAUACCUAGUAAUGUUGGGGCAUGACAAGAUAUACUAAAGCCUUUAUGGGUUGAUUAAGCAUCAAGUUAAUUUCACUAAACAUUGCUAGUAUCUAAUUAAAAGCAGACCCUAAAAAAAGUUGCAUACAAAGCUUUAUUCAUAGAAUAAUAGGACUGGAAGGGACCUUGAGGUCAUAGAGUCCCGCCCUCAAGGCAGGACCAAGCUCCAUCUACA